UUUGCAUAAGAAUUUUCGUUGAAAUUAAGAAAGUGAAACGCAGGGUACGUGCUUUGUUUUUUAUGGGUGUGUGAAGGACAAAUGCUCCACACUUUAUCAAAUUAAAAUACCAAUUGUAAUGGAUUCUUAAUUAUAUUACUGAAAGCUACAAUUGCAUAAUAGUCCAGUCACCAAUGAUCUAAUGUAUUCAUAUUAUAAUCAAAUAUUAGAUACGUGGUUGAAUUGAGCUCAAUUAAUCCAGUUUAUUCAAAUAUGUUUCAAUAUGUAAAUAUCUAGUCAUUAUGAAUAAGCCAUUUAGUAUGGCUCUCGUAAUUUGGAAUUUUUACUCGUAGGUGUGAAGGAGUGUUUAUAGAGAAAAUUGUUGGGGACGUCAAGGGACUACUGAAAACCACAUACUUAAAAGAAGCCAAGCACUCAGUUGGAAUGGCUUUUCGUGUGCAAGAAUUCAGUACUAAAUACUUAGACGUUGGAGGUUCACCUGACAUUCAAAUAAUUGGAAUUUGGGGUAUGGGCGGUGUAGGUAAAACAACGCUUGCCAGAGCCGUUUGUAGCAAUUAUCAACAUAGUUUUAGUCGUCAAUGUUACCUUGAAGAUGUGAGGAGUAAAAAGAAAGAGAUGGUUAUUCUGCAAGAACAACUUCUUCGAGAUAUUUUAAAACAGUCUGACAUUAAGGUAAGCAGUGUUGCCAAAGGGACCAAAGAGAUCAAGAAAAGACUUGUGAGCAUGAAGGUACUUGUCGUGGUUGAUGACAUAGAUGAUGCAGACCAAUUAGAUGAAUUGGCAAUAGAACAUGAAUCGUUUGGUCUAGGGAGCAGAAUUAUCAUAACAACAAGAGAUGAACAUGUGCUGAAUAUACAAAAGGUGGAUAAAAAAUAUAAGGCACAAACAAUGACAGGGAAAGAAGCUUUUGAGCUCCUUAGUUGGCAUGCCUUUGGAAAUGAUUAUCCCGAUAAAGAAUAUAUUGAAUUGGCAAGAGAUAUUGUUGAUUAUUGUGGAGGAUUGCCCCUAGCUCUGAAAGUUGUCGGUUGUUUGUUGGCUAAGAAAAAGAGUAAAACCAUAUGGUAAAGUACAUUGGAUAAAUUGAGAAAUAUUGCAGACGAAAAAAUUCAUGAAACGCUUAAAUUAAGUUACGAUGGAUUACGUGAUGAUCAUGAGAAGGGUGUGUUUCUUGACAUAUCUAAUUUCUUUAUUGGAGAGCAUAAAAGUGCGGUCAUGGCAAUA